CUGACACACCGCGCAMGGAGCACGAGCCUAUCUCCGUUUGCUUGUGUUACAGAGGGAAUAUUUAACGGGUUAAUUUUCUUUGCCUCAUGGGCAUAUUGGAUAUUCUGAAAUAAAUAUAGACUCUUAUGCCGGAAGUUAUAUUUCUUUGUAAAUACUGGUAAUCGUUGGCGUAAUUGGGUGGUCCACCAAGGAACAGCAAUAUGACUGAGAUGGUUUUUCAGGACGCGGAUCUUGGUGAAAACGAACUGUUUAAUGUUUUUAAAGACAUUUUCGUCUCUAUGUGAUAUGUGUUUCAUGUGUUUACGCGCAACAGUGAGGUAGAAUUCUCGUCCAAAUUUGACCGCAUAUCAGAGGUAUCCGGAGCUGGGUGAUUUAUGUGGUGAAUGCGGCGGUCAGGGUCGGUGUCUGAGCGCUGCAGGAGCAGCGAGUGGCGGGGCAUGAUUUCUCAAAUGUUUCAGUUCGCGCGGCGCAUUUGGAUUAUUUCUCCAGAGAUGUUCCUGCUUCCCAUGUUUUGGUUUUUAUCUCAGGCUCUUGCAGCACCAUCUCUGACGGCCGAACAGAUGGAUAUGGGGGUGGAUUGGCUGAGUAAGUUUGGGUAUCUCCCACCCCCUGACCCGGUGACUGGACAGCUCCAGACCAAGGAGGCCCUGACCAAAGCCAUCAAAGCUAUGCAGAAGUUUGGAGGACUGGAGGAGACCGGAGUGCUGGACCAAGCCACCCUGGGCCUGAUGAAGACCCCGAGGUGUUCCCUCCCGGACCUGUCUGAGACCGAGGCGGUGGUGGGCCGCAGGAGACGAGCCCUGACGCCCCAGAACAAGUGGAGCAAGAGACACCUCUCCUGGAGGAUUCGUACCUUUCCUAAGGAGUCUCCUCUGUUGGGUCGAGAUACGGUACGAGCUCUCAUGUACUAUGCCCUCAAGGUCUGGAGUGACAUCUCACCCCUCAACUUCCAUGAAGUGGCGGGCAACGACGCAGACAURCAGAUCGACUUCACCAAGGCCGACCACAACGACGGGUACCCUUUCGAUGGGCCGGGAGGCACCGUGGCACACGCCUUCUUCCCCGGAGAGAGGUUCACGGCAGGGGACACCCACUUUGAUGAUGAUGAGGCCUGGACCUUCAGAUCACCAGACUCUCACGGGAUGGAUCUGUUUGCGGUAGCAGUGCAUGAGUUUGGUCAUGCUAUUGGCCUGGCCCACACCUCAGCAAUAGAGUCCAUCAUGAGGCCGUACUACCAGGGUCCUGUGGGGGACCCACUCAAGUACGACCUCCCCUAUGAGGACAAGGUCCGCGUCUGGCAGCUCUACGGCCGGCACGAGAAUGCCCCUAACAGGUGCACAAGUCACUUCGAUGCAGUGGCCCAGAUUCGUGGAGAGGCCUUCUUUUUCAAAGGGAAGRAUUUCUGGCGUCUGACGCGGGAGAAGCACCUGGUGUCUCUGCGUCCGGCUCAGACCCACAGGUUCUGGAGAGGCCUGCCUACCAACCUGGACAGUGUGGACGCUGUCUACGAGAGACCUGGGGACCACAAGAUCGUCUUCUUCAAAGGACUGAAGUAUUGGAUAUUCAAGGACAACAACGUGGAGGAGGGUUAUCCUCGGCCAAUCAGUGACUUCGGCCUGCCUAUGGAGGGUGUAGACGCAGCCUUCGUGUGGCUCCACAACGACAAGACCUACUUCUUCAAGGACAACCGCUACUGGCGCUAUGACGACCAUCUACGGCGUAUGGAUCAGGGCUACCCCAAAGACAGCACACUGUGGAAGGGGAUCCCGUCCCAACUAGACGAUGCCAUGCGAUGGUCUGACGGCUCCUCAUACUUCUUCAAGGGGAAGGAGUACUGGCGUGUGGUGGGCAGUGAUAUGGAGGUGGAGGCUGGGUACCCACGGUCCAUAGGAAAGGACUGGCUGGUGUGUACAGAGAUGCAGUCGGACUCCCCAGCCACAGAGGCCAAUAACACGGCUAACACGCGGCUACACGGGCAGCACCACGCCGACCACGCAGAAAACGGCUACGAGGUGUGCUCCUGCACCUCCAACUCMGCCUCGCCCUUGGGAGCCCAGCCCUCACCCUCCCCCCUCUGGCUACUUGCCCUCUUGACUCUCUCUGGGGUACUAUCCUACGUCCCUCUAUGAUGUAAGCAGAGGGGAGCGGCCUCACUCUGUGACAGGAAGUACAGCAGCCAAUCUGCUGAGAGCGGGGGAGUGGCUUAAGGGGCUUUUCGCCUGGGUACUGCCAGACCAGCUACACCAUCGAAUCAAAACGAUGACUGGAGGAAUUUGUUGUUAUUGUUAUCUUAAUUGGGAUCCUCAUUGUUAAUUUGUUUUAUUUAUUAUACCAAAUCCUUCUCAAUGGAUCAAUAUGCUUUCAAAUGAAUGAUGUUUAAAUUAUGAUACUGGAUUGAAUUAGAAAUGUGAUAACAUGACGAUAAUGGAAAUAGUAUAUAAACUUGAUGAUGAUAAUGAUAACAAGUUUAUAGCAAAAUGUCCCUCRGUGACUAAGCAGUCUAGCAGGAGAGUGGUACUCUGGGAUGCUGUGCUCCCUGUCCCCUUGUUCCUGCAAUCACUAUAAGAGCUUUAAAGUAACUCCAGGGUUUUGGGAUUUCUGUGAAAUAUGACCUAUUAUUAAUUAKAAUAUUAGUGAAAUAGUUUUCCUUCCCCCKAAAAAUGUAUUAUGUUAAAAAACWGCUUUUCUUUGUUGGAAUGUUGUGGGGCGUGCCCCAACAACAGAAUGGUGUUGGCGUARAKCGGUCAUUAAAAAUAUUCACACGACUAGACCACUGAUUGGCUAGCUCAUCCUCCUCAGGAAGAUGACCAUCCUCUCUGAGGAAAUAACCAAGCAUUUUUUAAACUGUUUGAGGUUGGGUUUUUCAAGUGUUUUGUCACCAAUUUAUGCUUUGGCCACAAAUACUAGUAUAGGAUGAAUCAACAGCAUUAUUUGCGUAUGAGUUAGCAGAAUAUUAACUUGUAAGUGUUUUUUUACUGGAAAGUUACUUUAAGAACCCUCAAACACACACACACACAGACCACUCCAUGUGCUUUUUUUACAGUCUGAGCUAGCUGGACAAAUGCUUCUGUCUCCUCUCAAUCAUUCAACUGGUAAUGUGUGAGCUGGUCGGAUGGACACUCCACUAUAAUUGGACAGCUUGUUCUCUCACUGAGUUUCUAAUGUCAGGGCUAUCUGGAUGGAAUGGACACUACUUCCUGUAAUGACACUGACUCUCCUUCCUUGACUGCACRCGCGGGCCCUUUUGAGACCUUUGCUCCUGUAUCUUUCUUUUUUUCUCAGCUGAGAUACAGUAGCACCUCCUGCCGUUAUCAGAGAGGGUACCCUGUUAGUAUUGAUUAUUAGGAUGUAUUUUUGUAAUAAGCACAGAGGGAUUGUGGUCGAGCCCUACUCGGGGAUGUGCUUGAUGGGGUUUUCAUGAUGCCUUGGUCUGGUCUGGUCAGUGGUCACUGCAGCGGUCAGCGAUACCCAGCGGUCACCCAGCUGCGCCGUUCUCCUUCUCCAUUGUCUCUCCUAACAUGAACUAUCUCUAAGGAUAGGAGGAUGUCUGGGUACCAGUACAGUGACUGGACAUGGAUAUCCACCAGAGACCUGCCUGCUGAGAGGAGGGCACCCACUCAAAACACAACUAGAUUUAUUAAUAUUCCUAAGAUAUAUUUACUUACAGUCUAUAUAUACAGAUCUAUUUGAGGUGAAAAGUUCUAUGGCAGUUACAAAAAAAAACAUGUACAUUUCUCAGCCGUCUUUUCUAAGGUGAAAUAUUUUUGUAGGAAAAUAAAGAGGGGGUAAGACAGAG